AUGCCGCCAGUAAUCGAAUACUACUUCUCCUUCGUCUCAUUAUGGUCCUACAUCGGCAGCCGGCGUUUCCAGCAGCUGGCACAAUCAACCAACGCAAAAGUCAUCCUCAAACCAAUCGACCUCAUGUACAUCUUCUCGAUAUCCGGAGGUCUUCCUGUGAAACAACGCGCCGCCCAGCGCCAGACCUACCGGCUUCUUGAGAUGGAGCGGUGGCGUCGCAUUCGCGAUAUUCCGCUCGUUACGCAUCCGAAGUUUUAUCCUGCCGACCCUUCACUUGCUCAUCGUGUGCUUCUGGCUGCAAUUGAAGAGUCUGGCCAUGACAGCUCAUCUGUGCAGGAGUAUGCCCGACUUGGGCUUGAGGCUGUUUGGGCACGGGAACUUGAUAUUGCCGACCCGGGGACCAUUGUUCGGUUGGCAGAUGAGGCUGGACUGGAGGGAAAGAGAUUGCUGGAUCGGGCGAAAACCGAAAAAUCUUUGUCAGAUCAAGAGGUGGCUUUAACUCAAGAGGCCGAAUCGAAGCAGUAUUUCGGUGCGCCGUUCUACACCAUACGAGGGGAGACAUUCUGGGGACAGGACCGCUUGGAUAUGGUAGAGGAGGUGAUCAAAAGUGGCAGAGAUCCAAUUGUUGUAGACAACAAAUACUAG